AGUCGCAACCGCGUUCUUGCAUAAUCAUUGUUCAUUAAGUACUUGCCUGCCUGACUUCUUUUUCAUUUCAUGUCUGCUGUUUCUUUCUAUAUAUUAAAACUUCUCUAUACCAUUUUCUUCAACACCGAAAAUCUGCAUCACGGAUCAAUUUCCAUGGCUGUCUUCUUCUUGUUUCUUCUGUUUGUAUUUCCAACCUACGCUAUUCGAUCUUUUAGUAGCGAAACUAAUGGCGUAAAGAUUGAUCAGUUUGAUGUCUCUUUGCAAUUUUUGGAGGCACCAGAAUAUCAAAAUGGGUUGGAGUGUGCUUCUAUUAGUAGAAAGAGUUUGCUUUUGACUUGCGAUCCUUCUCUUGUUCAUGUAGCAAUGACGCUUGAUCCGGAGUACUUGAGAGGAACCGUGGCAGCUAUCCAUUCAGUUGUCAAACAUGCUUCUUGCCCUGAAAACAUUUUCUUUCACUUGAUUGCGUCUAGUUCAGGCAAGAUUAGUCCUGGAGACCUGACCAAGAUUGUAAAGUCUGCGUUCCCUUCUUUGAGCUUCAAGGUCUAUGUCUUCAAUGAGAAUCUUGUUGAUGGUUUAAUCUCAACUUCCAUUCGUCGAGCUCUUGAUAACCCAUUGAAUUACGCAAGGAGUUAUUUAGCUGAUAUACUUGAGCCCUGCGUUAAACGUGUGAUUUAUUUGGAUUCUGAUGUUAUCGUUGUUGAUGACAUUCAAAACCUAUGGAGGGUUCCUCUUACUGGAUCAAGAAUCAUAGGAGCACCAGAAUACUGUCAUGCGAAUUUCACCAAGUACUUCACUGAUGAAUUUUGGUCGGAUCGUGAGCUCUCGGGGAUUUUUGCAGGGAAAACGGCUUGUUACUUCAACACUGGUGUGAUGAUAAUGGAUUUAGCUAGAUGGAGAGAGGGUGAAUAUACGAAGGAGAUAGAGAAAUGGAUGAGAAUACAAAAAGAGAGAAGGAUUUAUGAUUUGGGUUCUCUUCCACCAUUUUUAUUGGUUUUUGGUGGAGAUGUUGAGGGUAUUCAUCAUAGAUGGAACCAGCAUGGACUCGGUGGUGAUAAUGUGGUUAGUAAUUGCAGGUCAUUGCAUCCAGGACCUGUAAGUUUGCUGCACUGGAGCGGUAAAGGAAAGCCAUGGAGGAGACUUGAUGAAAGGAAGCCCUGCCCGAUUGAUUCUCUUUGGGCACCUUAUGACCUCCAUAAACACCAUAGCCACCCUCGUCAUCAAAAGAGAAGGCUACAGUGAUCAAUUUGUUCGUUUAGUGUAAAAAGAUGAUUCUUUUAAUUGUUAUUAUUUCUUUUAAUUCAGUCCUCAAUUCAUAUUUUUGGCUGAGGGGACAGUUUUUGUAGUGUAUAGAGAAAGAUACUAAGUACAGAAAUUUAUUGUAUCAAUUUUUGGAGUUUUGAUGGAUCAAUUUUUCUUAGAGAUUAAUCAGAUGAAAAGAAUGCGUCUUUCUUAUU